GGUGCUUAAGUGGAUCGGUCGCUUUACGCCCUCUGCUAAUAUAUUUUCACUAUACGAUAUAAUAUUGCAAAUGUACAGUUAUAAUUUGUGUAGAAAAUAUUAUUUAUAAUGUAUUAAUUAGUGUGAAUUUGAAAUAUAUUUGGACUUAAAGAUGGUUAAUGAAAUAAAAACAGUUUCCGGUGAUGUUGCGAAUAAAGAAAAAAAUGCAGUCGAUAUUGAUUAUGCUCUUGAUGUAGCUGGUCUGGGAUGGUACAACAUUCGCUACAGUCUCUGCCUGGCUCUCUUUCUCAUCGCCGUUAUCAUAGAGCCUUUAGGUUACGCAUACAUUCUCCCGGUUGCAAGAUGCGAUCUACAGAUGACGGAAACUCAACGUGGGUUCAUAGGUUCUAUACCGUACAUUGGCAUUGCACUCACGUCGUUUCCAUGGGGUUACGCGGUUGACACGCGGGGCAGGAAAGCAAUGAUAGUCCUCAGUUCAACAGUAGCAGGAUUGUUGGGUGUCCUAUCAGCUUUUAUGCCAGAUUUAAUCUCAUUUACUGCUAUUAAGUUCCUCAUGUCUCUCUGCCUGGCUUGUCCCGCUGCAGUGCCAUAUUCGUUUAUUGGCGAGAUCCUGCCCAGCAAGUACAGGGAUGUUACUCUAUCAGUAACCAACGCAAUGCAAAUAUUUGGAUCUGUUUUUGUACCUUUAUUGGGAUGGGCAAUCCUACCUCUCACAUUUAGAGUUGAUUUUGGCCUCUAUGAGUUCAAGCCAUGGCGUCUUUUAACUGUUAUCUACGCACUUCCGUUUCUAUUAGGUGCUUUAUUGAUGUAUUUUGGCCCGGAAAGUCCAAAAUAUCUCAUGUCCCAAGGCCGACACGAUGAAUCAUUAGAAGUAUUAAAGACAAUGUAUGCAGUGAAUAAAAAGAAAUCACCAGACGACUUUCCAAUAAAAUAUCUACGGAUGAACGAAGAUCUGAAGAAGGAAAAGCCACCGUUCUUCAAAUCUUUAGCCAUACAAUCGGCGCCAUUGUUAAAGCCACCAUAUAUAAAAUGGAUGGCGUUGAUAGGAUUUCUGCUAUUUGGAAUAUUCGCAAACUUAAAUGGUUUAUACGUAUGGUUACCUGCUGUGUUGAAUACCGUAUUAACUGGCGGAGGAGAAGGCCAAACAGCCUGUCAAGUACUUGCUCAAAAACAAAAUCAGACAGACGUUGGUGUGGAAUGCAUCGAAACAAUUGAUUCAUUGACCUUCAUCAUUAACGCCCUCUCAAGUCUUGCGUGUGCCGUUAUUGCAGUAGGAGUCAGCAGUGUAGUAAAGAUUAUUGGGAAGAAAACUCUCUUAAUAGUAUUUUACGCACUCAUAGGAUGCGUGUGUGUAGGCAUUAAUUUUGCGACGCAACAAAUUUUGUUUGCAAUUCUGGUGUCUUCGUUUCCUAUCUUGGGUCUGUGUAUUGGACCAGUUAACGCUUUCGCUGUGGAUAUUUUUCCAACGAAAUUGAGAGGUAUGGCCGUCAGUUUAUCUAUGAUGGUUGGUCGUUUUGGGUCUGUCAUCGGCAUGAAUAUUGCUGGAACAUUGCUAAGUGCUGCCUGUGAAAUCACGUUUUAUGGAUAUGGAGGAUUAUUGUUUUUAUGUGCGUUGCUGAGUUUUUUACUCCCAAGGCCAACGGUGCAGCCGAAGCAAGAUAUAAUUACUAUUUCAACAAGGUUGUAGGGAAAAUCAACAGGUUCGCAAAGUUAGCAGGCACUUUGAUAGGUGACACAUUUAAAAGAUGCUCCGACAUUGAGCGGGAUGUAAUAAGCGAGCACUUUUAACAGCAGCAAGCUUUAAUGUGAUUUGUGGACGUCAAAGUAUUAUUAAAAUAUCUAUAUGUCACGUAGGCACCACUACAAAUGUUAAUUAAGUAAUUAGAAGGUAAAACAAUCCUCAUUAUACACAGUAGAUUUUGUAUAUUUAAUGUGUGAUCUAUUGAUUAUGUACAAAUAAAUGUGAAAUAUAAAGUUUUAUCUCAUUGUUCCUUUAAUGAACAUCUUUCUAGCAAUGUUUGUGUUUUACUCACCUCGCUCGGUACCCAUGGGUGCCUAAUUUCUGUAAGAACGAUCUCAAUAGAUUCCUUUAUGAAAAUAUAACCGACUCCAAAACACACUAAACAUUAUUAACUUAAUUAUUUUUUCUUAUUUCAUUGUUUUACCAUGACAAAGGUAGUCUGUUGGGUACAGGGUGUAAAAAUUUAGAAAUACGUCGCCCGUAUUGGAGGUUGCGAGUGGGGAGAAAGGGAGGAGGAGGUGUUAUUACCCCCAAUCACUUCCACACGCCGGAAACAGUUAUUGAAAAUAUUUAAAUAGCUGGUUUUUUGGACAGCUCCAGCGCUACGGGAAAUGGAGCCCCUCCACCCUUGCGUACCAAAGCACAGGCAUUACGCAAGCCGUAGCGACUAAGGCUGGUUAAGUUAAGAGAGUUUUCAUCCCGAUAACCAAAAGGCCGGAGCCGCGGAUGCUAAAAUAAAAAUUUAAUAAUAAAUAUUUACUUGCUUCAAAUAAAUAAUGUUAUUUGCCUGGGGCCAUAGUCAAGAUGCCUUAACAGUAGUGUAUAAUAUAUAGAAAGUCGAAAUCUAAAUUUGUAUGAAAAUGACAGUUCGUAUCGACAAAUGUAGUUUUCGACUUCUACAGACUACUGUUAAGGUAUCUAGACUAAGCCCCCUUAUCUAUAUAAACAUGUGCAAUCGCAGAUAUUUU